AUUAGUCAGUCCUAGACCCCUAUCAACUGAGCGAGAACAUGAGCUAGCAAAAACAAUAGUAAACAAUAUUCCUUUAGAAUGGUUCGUUCGUCGAGUUAAACUCCUUACGCCAAUGAACGCUAUGCCGAAUAAAUCGAUAGAGGUAACCUCUCCACUCAUCAUUUCUUUAUCUGGCUUUCAGGGAAAAACCUGUUUGUUUUACGACGUGUAAAAACCACAGAAUUAUUUCAGACGAAAGCUGGGGGAGUUCUAAUAAUUUAUCUGUGUUUUGGAGCCGUCCUACUAGUGCGUAAGUUCUUUUUGUUUGAUUUUUAUGUCCACAGAAACCGGAAAAACGGCUCUCCGAGGAGCAAGUUGCUGGUAAGUUCUAGAAGUAGCUGUGGUCACUGUUUUGUUGUUGAUUCUGAGGAUUUUGGUCACCAGCAACAUUUUCCUUAGCAUAUUAAUCGACAAUGAAUGUUGUCAUAGUCGGAGCUGUGGUUCUUUGUCUCGGACGGAUGAAACGAAACGGUAUUGCGAAUGGAAACUAAACUUUGUGAUGCUAAUCGUGUUUUUGGUAAGCACGUAACAACCUGAAGUUAAGAAUGAACCACGGUAACGCGCGCUUAAUAGGUGAUGGAAUAAACUUUUCAUUUGCCGUCAAAGCCAUGCAGCAAAGCUUUUCUACUCUUUGUCAUGAAGAAACGAGAUCUUUAUUUAUUUUCAAGCGAUAAAAGAGGUAAAGAUGACAGUAGUAGGUGGUUAUGUUCGGCGGCAUUUCUUUAAUAGGGAAUGCGCUCAAAUACAAAACAAGGUAUUUAGAUAGCAAAUUCUCGAAGUACUUCAGUGCGUAGAAACUGGAUUGUAUGCAAAAUAUCUCGAGUUUGAUGUUUAUAGAAACAAUAUAUACUACACCUGCCGCCAGCUUUUAUCAUGUGAGGUGCUCUCGUACAGCACAUGAUCCGUGGACACAAUCUUAAUUAUUCAGAACGCCAGCUUUACAAACUCUAAAAAUAGAAUCGAUUUGUGGCUCAGUUUUACCCCGCUAUCUUCUACGGAACAAGAAGACCUUACAGUUAACCACUGGUGGUUAAAGCUGUGUUUCAAAAUUAAAAUAGAAAUAUAAAUUAACUUGGUAAAUCAUGAUAUGUUGUAAACAAAAGAAUUAACACGCGGGAUCUAGUUCAGUGCGAAAAUAAAUUACAAGCGAUUGAUAUGAUAAAGCGUUCACUGUGCAUGAUUUCUUAGCGCUGAUCCUUCGCACAAUAGUAGUAAUUCAAUACAGGGUGGCAUGGGAUAUAAUGUAAUUUGUCGUGGAAACGUAGGGGAGCUUAUUCGUGCCAAAAAUAAACCGAGGUUUCGUCUUAUUAUCUUUACCGUUCCACUCUCUGUACCCACUUUUACAUUCAACCAAUGCGUUCGUCUGGAUUGUAGUGGUACAUGGAAACUGCAAUAAAAGUUUCCAAGAGAUAGAUUAGCUUAAAACUAUGACCGAAGGAUGUGUUUAAAACUAGUGAGUGUCCUCCUGAAAUAUGGGACGAAAAUGUUUCUCUUAUUCUGAAAAUAUAACAAGAUUGUUUUGAGGCUUGAUGCUAUCUUGGUGCGAUGUUAUUAUUUUGUUAAAAAAUUUACAACGUCAUUAUACCUAUAGCUUUUCACAAAACUACCUGCGGAUUUUACUAUUCAUCAUUCAUGUUAUUUUAUUUUACCUUCAAAAGUCACACGAAAGGUUUGAUGUGGGUAAGAGCAAAAGUUUCUGAAUACACUGGAACAAAUAAUACAAAACAAGGAAUCUCGAGUGUAAUCCUAAAUUUCAUUUCUUGCCAAAGAACCAAAAUAAUAAAAUUUUGUUUUCAGGUAAAAAAAAAAUAAUUUCUUAGCGCCAUCGAAUAGAUUGGCUUUAUCAAAAUAAACAUGUAGAACAAUUAAUGAGUUCUCUUACUUCUUAUCCGUUCUUUUCGUUAGUCUUCAUACAAGGAAUACAAGCUGUUGGGAUUGGGGGUGAUUCUACCUCCCCUUUUAGUUGUCUCUGUCAAAACUACACAACACUUUAUAUACCAUAGAAAACAUUUUGACUCACUUAAGGCUAAAUUGUCUGCGAACAGACGAAGGAAUUAAAAGACAAGUGACCAACAGGGAUCGUUGUGGUCUAAACAUUCAUUUAAUUAUAAAGUCAAACUUUUUCGUAGCACCUUGAACUAGAAUAGGAGCCAGUAGUCAACAUUACUCCAAAUAAUAAAUUAGUAAAUAUGCGCAAAUUUACUCGAGCCUGAACACGGGCAUGCAGCCUUAGAUUCACAUGGCGUUCAAUACGGGACAUAACCUUACCUUUGUCAAACGAUAAAACAGGAAAAACUGCGAUCAACUCUUUCAACCCAUCUUUCCCAGUUACUGUGCACUGACUCUUUAUGGACAAUUUACUAAGGAGAAGACAUGUUCCCGCCUAUACACGCCUUCGCUUCACAGCCUGAAUGGGCAAGAUUUGGUAACUUCAGUUGUCCUGCCGAUAAACAGCAAGAUAUCAUGAAUAAUUACUGAGUUCCUCUUAUUAAGUGAGAUGUCAGUUAUCAACCGUAACAAGUGCGGGUUUUACGCCACAUUUGCGUUUUGUUUUGAAGCGAAUGACCUAUGCGAUGACCUUUGCAAUGUUGUCACAACAGUAUGUAAAACUAUAAUUAUACCUUAGUUUUUCUGUAUUUCCUUGUUCCAGUUUAGUCCUGAACUGUUCAACCAUUUUGAUGCUGAAUGUAAGAGAAUUAGUCGUAGAAUGUAAAUGACUGCUCAUGGCAAACAAACACCUGAAUAAUCAUGUUGUUUUACACCAAGGAAACACAUCGAGGAUUCACUAUUUCUUUUUUCCGAUUAAAUUAGGACACUUCUAGACGUAUAUUGCAUUAAAAAGACGUGCUUGCCUUGAACACUUUUAUUGAAAAGCCCCUUGUUAUUACUUUGCCCACAUAAUGUAAAAUGGGCGUACGUUCUAGUUAUCACGCCGCGAACCAACAAAACUUCCAAACAAUCCAACGUGAUUUAUUUACCGCAGGUUUAUGUCACUUGAGCAUAAGAAGCUACUGAAUUUUUAACGAAAUUUGGAGGGUGUUGAGUUAUUUUGAUUUAAGGCUUUUGAUGAAAGGUAAGCAUGCCAUAACACUUCGCGUAUCCAAGGAAUUCUGAGGAAGGGACGAAAAUGAGUAAACAGUCCUCUAAGGCUAACUAUGAAGGAGCAAAUCCACCCCAAAUUGCUGGUAAGGUUUACAGGCUUGUUGCUCUGUUUAACAAUUUGCGAUCAAGGUUUUAUUCCAUCGAAGAUUAAUGGAGUCAUUCACUUAGUCAUGUUCAAAGCCGAAGAUUAAGCCCAGUUGUACUGAACUUUCGAACAAUUUGUUUGCAAUACAACAAAGACAAGAGGAAAAAAACUUAGAAACAGAGAAACUUGAAAUGUUCAUAGAGUUCAUGACUCAAUUUGGUGGGAGGCAGAGACAAAAAUGUACUUCACGUUUGAGUCUGCCGUUUCUACAAGUCCGAUUGUUUUUUCUAAGAUAUCUUUUUUCUAAUGGCUGUGAUGAAUCGCUGAUGAAUUGAUUAACAAAUGCCGUCUGUCAAUGAUUUAAAUAUGUCUGCCAUCUUGUCCUUAUCACAAAGUAAAGAUCAUUGGAAGUUAAACGAACGGCUACAGCUAGUUUCUAACGAAAAUGUAUCUUACAGAACCAGAAUUCGAAUCGCUGGACUUGCUAUUUACUCAAAGCUCCCCAUUUCAAACUUUUGUCUUUCAGCUGCUACCAUUUUUUAAAAAUAUAUAUAUCUACGUCUAUCGAUACCCUGGUGCAAGAAUUUCUAGAUGAGACAGUCAAUGAAUUAAAUUAACUACUGCAAAAUCGCUGAGGGUUUACACCCCUCGUUGUUAUGGCCCAGCGCGGGAUCUGGAUCCGAAUUUUUGUGCCUUAAUGCUUCUCAAUCGAGUUUAUGGUGCUUUUGAGCACUAAUUUUUUUAAAGUCCAUCAUAUACUCUAGUUCUACAAUCGUGAUAACUUUGACUGCGCAGUAUUUUUUGAACCCAGGUGUAAUUGUUGAUUGUAUGUUUUGAUCGUACGCGUGAAAAAAGACUCACUUGUCACAACCGACCCAUAUUGCCCGAGUCCCACAGCCAAUAAUAUCACGGAAAAACUAACCUAUCAGAUUUCACGAACCAGACUUGCAACUGCCGACUGACGAACAACUCCUCACUUGAAAAGGAUGAUGACUUCCGUUCAGAUUGUCAAGUCAGUAGUCGUUGAUACUGACAGCAGUUCUUUUCAACUUUAUCCUCAUUAGAACGAUCAGAUUAGACCAUAGAAUUUCUCUAUAAACGCUAAAACGUUUUCUUUUGAGCACUGACAACGAAGUAAAGAACAUGACAACUGUCAGGGCACCCUUAACACUCACUUAUUUGAAGGAAAACCUAAAUGAACAUACCAACAUGGCUCAAACGCACAAAUGCUAUUUUCCGUAGAACUCCGAGAGGCGUUUUCCUUAUUCGACAAAGAUGGCGGUGGAUCAAUUUCAUCGUCUGAACUGGCGGCUGUCAUGAGAUCCCUGGGACAAAAUCCAACUGAAGACGAGCUCAAAGAAAUGAUCGCUGAUGUAGAUGAAGACGGUUUGUGUUUUUCUAUUAUCUUGUAUUACGUUAAAAGAAAAUUGCUCACUGAGCUACGAGAACAGAUGCUUUAGUCACAAAGCGAAUUGGGCCCCAUGUCUUCGCUGUCACUUUAUGAUAGAUAGUCAGUGAGACUCUGAGUCGAUCUUUAAGUUAGGAGCCAGUCAAAUAAAGAUGAAUACCGACGACGAAUCGGGAAUUCUCGGGUGGAUCUGACGAUAAUGGCAUGAAGAUUGAGGCAAUGUGGCCGAAUGGUAUGAGCGCUUGGCUUGUCUCUGGUGGUCCCCGGUUCGAGCUUUGCACUCUGCUACUUACUGGAUUUCUUCCCGGUCAUACCGAAAUCAAUCUUUGGCUGCCCUUUGUAUAUGUGUAACCAACUGGUCUAUCUCCUACCAUUUGGAGUUUUUUAACACUUCGUUUAUGCAGAAUGUUUCAGUUGGUUCUUACUGGCCCUGAAAAUUCCCUUUGGGGAGGUGGUCAAUUAAGUAUACGUAUAGAGGACCGCUACGAAAUAUAAAAAAAUUGUUUCGGAAUUUAUCAGGUUAAAAGGUUCUGCACUUUGCAAUCUAUCCAAUGCCAUCUUAUUGUUGCUAUAUUCGUUGAUAGGAAAUGGUGAGAUAGACUUUGAAGAGUUUCUUCAAAUGAUGUCCAAAAAAAUUACAACAUGUGAUACAGAGGAGGAAAUCAGAGACGCUUUCAGGGUGUUUGACAAAGAUGGAAACGGUCUGAUUAGUUCGCAUGAGUUACGACAAAUUAUGAUGAAUCUGGGGGAGAAACUAACAGAUGAAGAACUGGAUGAAAUGAUGAGAGAGGCAGAUCUUAAUGGUGAUGGACAAAUUGAUUACGAAGGUAAAUGUUAUACUUAUCAUUGUUUGUGAAUAAAUCAACAUUAACUCGCACUUAUAGAGUUCUCUUUGAAUGAGUGUCCUUGAACUAAAACUAAAAAAAUCACAACAGCUAACCGGUGUAGCAAGGAAAAUAUCGCCAGGGACUAACGAGAACUCGAAGGAAAAACAGGCAAACUGACUGAAGCGCGGGAAAACGCGAGUGCCCAAGUCAGGUUGGCUUCAGUUUUGAAUCUGAUUGGUUAAGAAAGAAGCUCGAGUUUUCUGGACGGAUCACAUAACCAAGAAAAGCAAAACGAAAACAAUCCCGGAUUGCUUUCGACCCUCGAUUAAAAAUUGCUCCAAACACCUGUUCUUUUGAAAAUAACUCAGAAGCUCCUUAUUAGAGUCUGCGCACAAAUUUUGAAUUUUCACUGUUCUUGUGUUAAGUUCUCUCAUUAACAUGGCAACGCGAGUGGGGUUUUUACUCAGAGGUUUGCUCAAACAGGAAGGGGCUCCUUCUUUCCUGAUGCUUGAAUGACGAAACUAAGGCUUGCUACAGCGGGUCAUCGCUAAAAAGUUAACAUCAUCUCAUCAGCUAACGGUUUAGAAAACAUUUAUGUCCAUUUGGAAAAAAAAUUAUAUUCAGCGUAUCCAAUAAAUAUAAAUUUAUAUUUAUGUCCAGCAUAUCCAAACAAUAAGUUUUUUUCUUUUCUUCGACACGAACUGUAUCAUUGUUCUUCUUUUUUUCUUUGCAGAAUUCCGAUUUUUGAUGACAAAGUGACGAUGUUUUUGCCAUGUAAAAAGUGCUCGGGGGCUUAAAAGGCAGAGAGCUUUAAAGCUUGAUGGAAGCCACCGCAAUUGUCCAAAUUGAGUAUAAUCACAUCCCAUUACCUUUAUCAACAAAGGUUACAAGUUGAAAAUGCCGUCAAAGUAUCUAACUAUGAUUAAAAGGGAGGCGUUUUGCGGUGCAAAAAGGCAAACGAUUCAUCGAGAUCCACCGCCGGUAUGUUUUUAUGGCCUAUGUGCUUGACACCGCUGUGUUUUUUCACAGAGGAAGUUUGUACACUUCAUACAUUAUUCAAAUCUCACAUGGUCACAUGUUAUCAUAUGAUUAUUAUAGCUUGAAAUGAAUCACGAGAAGGAUUUUUCUUUUCACUUCAAAAUGAAGGUUAUAUCGCGCGAGCGAUUAUAUAAUUGACUUGCAAAGAUCGAGUUUAAAGUUUUAAAAGAAGCCUCAUUACAACUAAGAAUCAUUUCCCAGUUAUAUGUUAUAAGGAGAAAUAUAAAUAGUUAUUUGUCGCAAUUUACUGAGUCGUUUCUAUGCGUUAUUAGCCUAAUUUUGGAUAAAGUUUAAUUUGAUUGGGAAGGUUUUAUUCAUUCUAUUUAUUUUUAAUUUAUUGCGAUUCUGCUCGAUGCGAGCACAAAAAGACAAUUGCUUUAAUAAAAAAUUAAAGGCUUAGUCGAAUUCUGUAGCAUAUUUCUUGAAGAGGAGAUAACAUACGAAGCUUGAAAUUAAGAAAACAAUUUUCAGUGUUUUUUAGAUGCUUAAAGUUAAUUUUUUCUGAUUUUAUGAUGAGAAAUCUAACCUCUUGCCAUACAAUAAAUAUGCCACCAAAAAUUUCCACCGUUGAAUUAAUCACGGUUUACAUAGUUAUUGGUCUCUGAAAAUUAUUUCUUAAACAAUUUCUGUCAUUUAUUCAUGAGUACUGUUAAGAUUUUCAUUACAUUUUCAAAGAAAAGAGUACAAGUGAUUUUAGAUGGAGUUGGCAUAUCUUUGUACUAUAAGGGAGUUUUUUUACCAUCAGCCAUAUCAUAAAAUUAUAGAAGUUAAGUUAUUACUUUUGGUUGCGAUAAGCGAUCAGUGACAAGCAAGGGUUUGUAACCUGCAGCAAGUUAUGAACUGAGGUGAUCUUUCAAAUGGAGAUCAGCUUGUCGGUUUUACAUUUUUCCUCUGGCAUUUCUCAUGCACAGUUAACUCAAUAAUUGAAACAUCAAUAAAAUCUACAUGAAACUGGCUUUGUGAGUCAUUCUAUGCUGCAGAAGGCUGAAAACUUAUAGUUGCUGUCAAAUGAUGAAUUUACAGAUUUAGUUGAACUUCCACCACUCACCCCUCCCAUCCCCGCGCUCACCCUAAGUUCACUUAUGCACAUGCGCAUCAUACAGUAGGCCUUCUUCGCAGAAAUCUGCACUCUUGUCGGCCAGCAUGCAUCCUCUUAUCUCUCUGACAGUUGAGAGUCCCUAGGGUUUCUGAUGAGUUUCUCUCUAGGUUCUAGGUUUUCAUUUUGUGAGCGACGUUUGAAAUGAGACAAUUAAGAUGAGAGAGAAUGACUGUCUUUGUCUUUGAGCAAUGUUUCACGUUUGUGUUGCAAAUACCGGAGUAGUUUGUAUAGUUCAUUUCCCUUGUGACAAAACUCAGUGUUUGCUUGCGCCCUUGUGUAGUAUUAUGAUAUUGUAAACUUUGUGGCAACCCAGUUUAAAGGCAACGUUUACCUAAGUAAAGGUUUAUACGGAAAUCCGGUUUGUUGAUCUACGAAAGCGAAUCAAUCAAUCAAGGAUUGAAGAUGUCGGUAUAACACACACGUCAUUAAAGUUACAUGCUGAUCAGGCCUAAUUACGGCAAACUUUCAAAACAUUGCAAUUUGGUUCUAUCUGAGUCAAAGAUUGGUUUGCGGUGCAAUAAAAAAGAUAAACAUUUUGGUCCAAUUGCACAGGGAUGGUAAAUGGUAACUGUUGAUAUAAGUAAUACAAACAUUUUGACAGAUGAAAUGAAAUAACAGACAAAAUGUCCCUAAGCGGAAAGUUUCUCCCAAUUUUCCCUCAGGGAACUUUUUUAUGAACACGCAAUGUAUGUAAAUGAAAAAGAAUGCAAAGGAGGCAAUAGGAAACGUUCAGGGAAACACGCAUUUAGGGUAUUUUUCCCUCGCAAAGAAAACGCCACUACUCAUUGUGAAUACUCAAAAUAUCAGGGAAACUUUUUAAAGUCUGCGUAAUUACGCACACAACAAUCGUGUAAGAAAAAGUUGAUCGCAAGAUUUAUUUGACUAGGCAGGGAAGGAAAUGAAGGAUAACAGAUAAGCUGAAAUGGACAAGAUCGCUUGCUGUCAGCAGUGUUGAAACACUGAAGCAGAAAUGAACAAAUAUCCAUUUUCACGCCUGGGUCAAUUCUUAUAUUUUUCAUGUCAAGUUAUUUCUGACCAAAUAUGUUCACGGUUUAUUCAUAAAAUUGUUCUCCCAAAGGCAAAUAUUUGAUUAUUCUCCGCAGUUUAGGCCCUGACCUUAAUUUUUUACAAAAAUUGUCGUUAUAAUCAAGCUAAGAAACAAAUCAGUACGUUAAGGCCAGAUUAUUUUAAAAGCACUAAAGCAGUUCUGUGGCAUUAAUCCUCCACAAACACCAAUAUUUGAUAACAUACAAAACAGCCUGUAAUUAACUUCACAAGUCACAAUUAUAUAAUUCAAACGUGGUGUACGAGAAGUUCCUGACCAUCAUGUCUUGGCCGUUUAUCGAUAGCUUUACAGCAAACUACUGGUAGUCUUUACACUUCGCCUUGGGGUUUGAGUGAUACAAUUCAAAACGUUUUUCAACAAUAAUAAAUUUUAGCCAUUGACACCUCGUAAACGGCUAUGGCCAUCAUUCAUAUCAGCUAUUUCUGGACGAGUUUUUUUCUCCUUUUCCACAAAAGAAAUAGCAAUUAAUCAGCCGUUAUUACAUAGUCUCCAAGCUGGACAACAAGAUCUUUGGCUGUAGUACAGAGGAUCAUUAAUUCUCUAAAACAGACAAAAUAAAGAAAGAGAAGUUUCUUCAACAAGAUUCUGCUGUGUCUCAUAAUGAGAGGACCAACCUUGGUUUGGCUUUUCAUCCAAUCAGACCCAGGUAUUUUAAUUUGAGACAGGUGCUGGAGAGUGUCAUUAAAUUCCAAAUGGAAAUUAGCCCAAAGUGUUCGGCGAGCACACAAAACGUUCUGACGUCAGAGACAGCCAAACAUUAGAAAAUUUAUGCGAAUUUGUCCGUAUGUAUUGAUUGCUACGAUCUGUAGUUGUUUAUCAUUGGAAACAUCCGUCCACCGCAAACUGAGGUGUAUGAGCCGCCGAGUAGAAAGUUCCCUCGACGCGGAAAAACUUCAAAAUCAUGGUGAAUAUUCGUAACAAACGAUAAAUAACUUUUUUGGGGUUUUAGCACUGCGCUGAUUGCGGCUAGUCUGCAACUCGCUCGUUGAAAUGAAUACUCGCAUUGGGUUAUAAACUCAAAUGCAAGAUAGCGCGCGCAAGGCUCAGACAUAGAGGAUAAGUUGGGAUUUAUUCAUGCCUCUUCCAAGGCGUUUACUCGCUUUAGCUCGGUGUCCGAUGUUUUUAUUUUUUUUUUAGGUUGAACGCCAACUUACUGAAGAACAAAUUAAUGGUAAGACGUCGCUUAACUUUAAAAUAUCUAGAGAUGUUAUUUAUGUAUUUUGAUUGUAACACUACAAUGUUGCGCUGACCAGACGAGAGCGCUUGUAAUAAAGCUAAACUAUCUCUUCGUGCGCAGAGUUACGUGAGGCCUUCUCACUUUUCGACAAAGAUGGAAGUGGGACUAUUUCGAAUGAAGAGCUCGAAGUAGUAAUGAAGUCUCUUGGACAGAACCCAACUGAAGACGAACUCCAGGAAAUGAUUCGCGAAGUCGAUGUGGAUGGUAAAUUGCUUUUGUCUUAAAUGUCAGGUCACUUGAAAGUUUUGCUCCUCAGCCUAACUGUCAGCUGACGAAAAUCCUUCGAGAAUCUUCACAGAAACAAACAAAAAUCAUACUUACUGCAAAAAGUUGACGAAUUUCGUAGGAUAAACCAGAACAGUUUUUAAUCUGGUUUAUUUUAUCUGGAUUACAAAAACUUUAACAAGUUCGGUUUUGUGUAGAUUUUGCGCAAAUGUGUAAAGUGUUGCAGAAACGUGAGAAGGAAGAUUUUGUAUUUGUAAACGUUCUCUUCAAUAUAGAAUUAGAAGUGAAAUGUGAUAAAUCAAGCGGAGACUCCUUCACUUUUAACCAUUUUUGUUCCCUGUGGGAUUCCGUUCGGCCCCGCUGGAAAAAAGGAAAAAUUAAUCUACACUUAAUCACCAAACACGUCCUAACAAUAAUGUGAAUUUUCUGCAGCCGGCUGGCGAUUUUUUACGAGCUUCUUUCUCGAGUGGCAAAUUUUAUCUGCAAGGGCUUAAAAAUUUUAAGAUUAACCACUUUUCUUGUUUAAAAGUGAGAAAUAUUUCAAAUUUAAUGGAAAAUUAAUUUUUCUUAGAUUCCAUUAUUUUUCUGUCCACUUACAAGGAAAUCCAGAUUAACAUAAUGAAACCUUAUGCACGUAUUACUAUACACUUUCCAAUUUCCAAACGCUUUCACGAAAAUUGAUUUUGUUUUCUAAUGAGUGCAAGAAAGACAUGCAUUCCUCUUCCUUCAAAAUUUUAAUCACAGAUGGUUCCUCAAAAUCAAUUAAUUUCUUUAGUAGCUUUUCUUUUUCUGUUCUUUAGAGACUCGACUUCGGUUCAUUUUCUUCAUCGGUGCGUGAUUUUCAGGAAAGUUUUUACCGAAAAAAUAAACAUAGAACCGUGCCGAUAUACGAAUCUUUUUCAAGUAUUAGUGAAGCUUAUUUUCGAUUCGCGCAGAUUUGGAAAAAAAUUCCUAAUACAAUAUAUUACUAGUAAAAAAAAGGCUCACAUGAUAAAAAGCUGCAAAAGGAUAAGAUUUUUGCGAAAUGGAAAUAUUACAUGAUUUCAAUCGGAAGAAAUGACCAAGUUGUUUGCUUUGUAAUAUUUGGAAAUUUGAAUGUGUUUUUCUAUUCAUUUCUCUCCGGAUCAAACAACCAAACACAUUGGUGAUCUUUGGUAUGUAAAUUUUAGUGGACUUUUCUUCAAAUCUCAUAUUGCAUUUCAAUGAUAAACAAACAUUGAUUAGUUAUUUUCUGUCGCAAUGAAAUCCAACUGUCGAAUGGUGAGAUAAGGAGAGAUAAUGGUCAAUUCUUUGGCUGUUCUUUUUGGCGGAUCAAACAGUCUGGUACUGACUCUAAGUUUUCUCAGUUCGAACAUAGGUGUUAACAUUUUCAUUGUCUAAGACCAAUAUUAAUGGAGGUUCCUAAACAUGGUCUUCGCCUUACAGGGCCAUGAGUACACGCUAUAUAAAGCAAUGGCGCCUGGGACGUAGAGAUAGUUUGCACAUUCAAAAUACAUUCCUUGGAAUGAUUGAGCUUUUUAGCCACCGCUGCACAUUGAGCCUGUUCUCAUCGGUGAUUUAGCGGAGACGAGUUUUGGCAUUCUAUGGUAACUGAAAGGGGAAGUCAGGUUGAGACGAAUAUCAUGAAAAAUCUGGAAUAUCUUCACGCUUCAUCUGGACUCGAUCAGGAAGUCACGUUUCAGACUUAUUUGAUUUAAUCAGCACAGAAACGUGUCUUGUUUAGUGUGAAGAAGGCUAUGUAAUCGUUGAUCGAUUUCAACUUACGUCAAGAGCUGAGGCACAUUUUCUUUUGGAGCAAACAAAAAAGGCAAUUUAAUGAAAAAGAAGCGCAUGUAAAGCGAACGCCAAAGUGAAUAAGUUCUUAAAAAACAACCAGGAACAUAAAUGAAUUAAUCAGCCGGUCGUCAGCUGUUGCAGUUAGCUCGACGCGAAGAAAGUGUUUACACAUACCUAUAUCUCAAUCUAUCGCGUCGAUAGUAUUUUCAGACUUUCUUUAAUUGAACAAGAAAGGCUUUCUUCAAAAUUGGGAAUUUUCAGUUCAUUGUCUUUAAGAUCCUACGUUCUUUCAAAUAAGAUCUUAAAAACUAGGGCACAAAUUAUCUCGGAAGAAAAGCGUUUCAGUGCCUGAAGCCAAACAGUGUAGUUAAAAAAAAAAAAAAAAAAAAUUUUUCCAAACCAAAUUUGUCAUAAAUCUUUCAACUCAUGAAAUGAGUUUGAUUAACUUAUCCAUGAGGCUUGAUCAAUUCAAACAUAACCAGCUCUUUGUGAUUGACAGAGAGACUUCAUUCAUCUGCGAAAUUAUGUUAUUUUUACCAAAAAAGCAUCCAGCAUCUUGUACUCCAUUUAAACUUGUGUCCACGAGGUACAACUUGUCAUCUCAUUUUGGUAAAUUUUAAAGGCGUAUCCCGCUGUUUGAAGCUACGACAACGCUUUAGCAGAGACGAGAUACUUAAUCAGGAGUAUCGUUUGGACUCAUUUUCAAUCAGUUUUCAUCAGUUUUCUGUAUGGGAUGCUGUUUGAGUUUUGUUAAGCUGCUAUCAGAUGUUCUUAGGCUUUUUUCGCGAAAGACGUGCGGCAGCCAGCGAGCUGAAAUAACCUCAUGUUCCUUAAAAAGAUCGCUCUUCUUUAGCGAGCAUCUUUGGAACAGGGUGAAUUAUCUAAACCACUGUCGCAUUAAAGCAGCAUUCCCCUUAGAUAUUUGGGAACUUGUUAAAUAUCUGUACAUGUACAUAGGUUAAACGCUGCUGAAAAUGUCACGAUAUCGCAGCUUUUCCAGAUCUUUAGUGUUUGGUUGGAAGCAUAUAUGGUUGUUUUUGAACACUACUAAAUAAAGACGGCUUUUUUAAGAGUUAAUUGUUCAGGUGAAAAAAAAAGCUCCAUACUGAAAUAUAAUUUUAAACCACCAAUAAUGGGAUUAUCUCUCGUCAAAACACCGCCCUAUGAAAUUUAACAUUGAAUUACAAAUAAAUUACAUUACAAUGUCAAGGUCUUAUUUGGUCUUAAUUUGAAAAUAAACCUUUAUUUGCAUUGUUUUUUGGAUUAGUUAUUUCAAAUUCCCUUCAGAAUUUCUGUCGACAGCCCGUCUGCCCGAUUAAUCCGGCUUUUGUUUGAAUCAAAUAAUGGACAUAUUUCCUAGUAGUUUCAACAAAGAAUCAAUAAAUUAAAGUGUUUAUGUAAAAAUAAAAUAUAAAUGUCUAGUGGCUGAACGCGAAAUGGUCGCGGAUGCUUAUUUACUGUCAAGAAUUUGACCAUAAGUACAUCUUGAAAAAAUUUGAUCUCAGUUGUAUCUUUCAUGAUAACUAAAACCUUUGGCAGUCAUAUCAAAUAACCGCAAGUGAAAAUAGCUGUUGUUAUGACCAGUAGCUUGUGUAAAGCAGUACGAUAGAGUACCCUUAGAUCGCCGGGAGAGGGUUCCCAAUAUUUCGCGGUCCGUUUUGAAAGCAAGUUUCAGUUGUAGGGUGAGUAGUGUUACCGCAAGUGAAGGAUUACUUAGUAUUAGGUGUGGCUAACCCCUCCUGUCAGGGUCGUGUUUUAUAGCACUGGAAUUACGUACGAAGUGGAUAAUGGCCUUUUUUGGAAAGUAGUGACUCGGAACAGUUUGAACAAAAGAUCGCGAAAGUGUUGAUUAAGUACACUGAGAAGUUCUCAAAUAAGUAAGGAAAAGUCGUCCAUUUUGUGGAAGAAGAAGAAGGACGUUAAAAUUUCAAAACAAUUUUAGAAGGAAAAAAACCCAUAGCACUUAGGGCUUGUUUUGGUCCAAGUUUGUAGACAAACCAUCUUACCGUCGAACAGAUGUCAAAAUGCUACCACAUAGUUGAAAUUGCAGUUGCAUACUGGAAGAUUAAACGAAUCGCUGCCCGUGAUGCAGCACAUUUUAGUUUGGGUUCUUAUAUUUUUUUGUCUCCAACUCGUCCACCCGUGUUGCAAUCUUUAACGCAAGAUGAUGUUUGUUGGAAUACGAUGAAUUUCAUUUCGUUACACACUCGUGACUGUUAUUUCUACUUUUUUCAUUUAACUUCUAAUAUAUUAUGUUUAGUUUGAAUCGUAUGUUUAUGCGGAGAUUCAGUUCACGAAAUAAAAUUAUGCAACUAAUACGAAAUCCUUUUGUUAUCUUAAGGAAACGGUGAGGUGGAUUUUGAAGAAUUCUUGUUAAUGAUGAAGAAACAGAUGCAAGCGAGAGACACUGAGAGCGAAAUAAGAGAGGCAUUCAGAGUGUUUGACAAAAAUGGAGACGGAAUGAUUAGGUAUUUUCAACCUUUGACACUUAGUUAGGUUUCAAAAAUAAAAUUCUACGCAGUUCAUUUUACAAUUCUUUUGAAGUCAAGAACGUCUGACAAUUAAGUAAAAAGAUAUCUUGAUUUAUAUAAGACACGGUCAGUCAAUACUUUCUAAUUUACAUUUAGUGGUAAGUAGCCCUUUAAAAAGUUGCUAUAAAUAAUACCGUCAGGUGUUAAGGGCCGGGAUAAUCGGAAUUAAGCAAUGUUCCAAAAGCCUCCACAGAAUGGCUUAUUCACCUAUGUUCUAGGUAAUUCUAUCAGUUCCAGACCUCGCCUCAUUCCAACAAUGAGUCAGUAACAAUGGAAAAAAUAUACAAUACCUGCUUUAUUUCCCUGUUUUAAUUUCCUAAUGUACAAGAAUGGGCCCCAUGUUGUUUAGUAUUUAUAUAUAUUUACUUACUUAUUUCUUGACUGAUUGUUCCGACAGUCAUUCAGAACUUCGUAAUGUGAUGACGAGCCUCGGAGAAAAGUUAACAGAGGAAGAAGUCAGUGAAAUGAUGAAAGAAGCGGAUCUGAAUGGAGACGGAUACAUCAAUUUUGAGGGUAUAACUAAUAAACUGUUUGUGGACAGUUUGCUCUUUGAUAUCUUGACAGCUUCAGACAAUAAAUGUAUCUAGUAAAUUAAAAAAUGAUAUUGUUCGGGAGAUAUAUGAUCGAGAAAAGUAAAGAAGAAAUAUCAUAUCAUAUUGCACAUGUCUCAAAAUCUAAAGCGGGAAAGAAAAUGUGGCCCGGUAGUUACCGUCUGGUUUUAAAAAGCCUGAGUUCGAGUUUCCGGCCGGGUAUGGGUAACUGUGUUGGCGUUCUCGGCUAAGACACCCAUGAUAAUAAAUGGCUACCAGUAAAAAAAAGGUGGAAUAACAUCCUGUAAAGUAAAAGCGGCAACACUCCUCGUCGUUUCAUGUUACAGAAACUGAGAUAAACUCUCUUUAUAAGACCACUUAACCCUUUUAACAAAAUCCCUCCUAUAACGAGAUGCCCAAACUAAGAUGAUCUAUUCGUUUUUUUAAUUUACAUUAUAUUGAGAUAAUCAUUUCUUUCCUCAGAGUUUGUGAUCAUGGUGACAAACAUUGAAAAGAAUCCAGAGGCUCCCCCUCAAUAUUUGUUGGCUACUAAGUAGUUUAUGAAUCGAUCAGACAUGAUUGGAAAGUUUCUUCAUCUACCACUGAAGAGUUAUUUAUUGUCCAUAAAGAAAGACGCAGGAGUGAAGUACAAAUUAGAAGAAAGUGUAUAUGGCUUGUAAAUAUAUAUGUAAAUAUGUAAAUAUAACAGUAUUGUGGGCACUUAGGCCUUUUUACAUGACAUUUCAGUUCAGCGUUGAUUCUCAGCAAAGUUCAGUAUGCAAUCAUCUUUACGUUCAAACAUAAGUCUUAGCGGUUUAUUUGGCGUACCCGCCGUCAUUCUAAGAUUACGGACUGUAAAAGCUUUUAAAAUUUUACUCUCUCCACAAUCAAUUAAUAUUGACCUGUAUGCUGUUCACUGCCUUUGUUGUACGUUAUCUCAUGACUGACUGACUUACUGACUGACCGGUCAAAUAAUCUGUUAACGUAACGGUCAUUUUUUCCGUACAUCAUUUCAUGAUCGACAUACUGAAGUCCUGCUUUAUACACUUGUUGUACUGAAACACUUUUGUAUCACUUGAUGGUUAAUAUCAGCAUUAAAUUUACGUCAAACAG